CUGAUUAACAAGUAUGAUGGGAUAGAUAGAUCAUAAAAUCAUCAGGUGCCAAAGACACACAGUUUUGAUAAUGGAUUAAUUAUCAGAUCAUUUAUGAUGCAAAAAGUGUCCUGUUGUCUGCAGGAGCAGUUAUCCAGACGUAUCCAGGAGCUGCAGGCUGAAACGUCCAAGACUGAGGCGCGCAUCCAGUCUCUGAAGAAACGCAAGGCCGAUCUCUCUAGGACCACAGAGGUCAUGAAGCAGCAGGUUCGAGAGCACUUUGAGAACAUGCGGUGCAUUUUGAAGCAGGAUGAACAGGUGAUCCUGGACUCUCUGGAGCUGGACCUGAGGCAUACAAGGACCAAGCUGGACCAGGUUCUAAAGAAGUGGGAUAACUACCACGACCAGGUCACCAAGAGCAUCAGCAGCAUACAGAGAACGCUGAGUAAAAGCACCACAGCGAAGGAAGGUAAAUCGCUGUACCUUUUACAUUUGCCGCUUCAUCCCCGUAGAGGUCUAAAUCACACCUCUGUGCCUCACUUUGAUCUUUGUCACCACUCUUCCAGCCUUAAGAAGCCAGACAAGUCUGAGAAGGAAAUCAGGCUGAAUGAAGAGAGAUUUGAGAGGCUUCUAAAAACACUCUCCUCCAUCUCCAAAAACCUCAAGGCCAGGCUGCAGAGAAAGACUCUACUCUUAGAUUCUUUCCCCAUAAUGAUCGACAGGCAGACUUGCCAUAAUCUGAUCAGAGUGACAUCAGAGGGGCGGGGCAUGUCCUUCUCUGGCUCCGCUUGCCCAGCUCCAGAACAUCCCCUUCAGUUUGAUAAGGUAUGCUGUGCUCUGGGGUCCUCUUCCAUCACAGCAGGUCAGAGUUACUGGGAGGUUAAUGUCCGCUGCUGCUCAGCCUGGGCUGUGGGUGUAGCCUAUGACACCCUUGAGAGAAAGGGCAAUGACAAGGGCGCCAAGCUGGGCCGAAACAGGAACUCGUGGUGCGUGGAGUUUCAGAACUGCAAUCUGACCGCAUGGCACAACAACCGGCACAUAUCAUGUCAAGGAGUGGGGCAGACUCCAAUAAGAAAAGUGGGAGUGUGGGUUAAUUAUGACAAAGGCCAGCUGACAUUUUACGAUGCAAAAAACAUGGUUGUCCUGCAAAAGUUCUCAGCAGCCAUGACACCGGUGUUCGACAGAGCUCAUCACCAGUUCACUCAACCCCUGUACCCCGCCAUAUGCUUCCUGAGACCACCGGACAAUCAGGUCUGGCCAAACCACUUGGAGUUUUGUUCCCAGAUGUUUCUGUGA